AUGAAAAGCCAAGUUGAAGAGAGGUUCACUGAGUUCUUCGAGAAGUGGGUUUGUCAACUUGAUGAACACCUUCAACAACUCAUUAAGGUUUCAAAGGAGACUACUUCAAAUGAAGCUGAUCAACAAGCGUUGGUGUCUAAAGUGACGACCCAUUUAAAAGAAUACUACACUGUCAAAUGGGCUCUAGCUCAUGAAGACGUGCUUGUGUUUUAUUGUCCGGGUUGGAUAAGCACAUUUGAGAAUGCUUAUUCAUGGGUCACUGGGUGGAAACCGUCGAUGAUUUUUAAACUGGUUGAGUCUAUGAGGAAGGCUCGAAUCCCUGGAGCGAGUCUUUCAGAGUUGACGGAGCAACAGCUGAAGAAGAUAGAGGAGUUGAGAGUGAAGAUAAGGUUAGAGGAGGAGAAGGUUGAGAGAGACAUGGAGAGGCAACAAGUUUCCAUGGGGGAUAGAAGAAUGGUGGAAUUAUCUCGGUUGGCUAGCCGAGCUGGAAAUGGCGACACAACGGUUCAGGUGGACGGGCUUGUGGAGGUGGCAUUGAAAGGAUUAAAGUGCGGACUGGAAAAGGUUAUGAAAGGUGCAGACUGUGUUAGGCUCAAGACAAUGAAAGGCGUUCUGGACAUCUUGAACUCGAAGCAAUGUGUCGACUUCUUGGCUGGCACUUGCAUGCUUCACAUUCAGCUACGGCUAUGGGGCAUGAAAAGGGACGGGAAAGGUGGUUUAGAAUUAUAA